AUGGAGUUUCUUGAGAGAACUUACCUUGUGAAUGAUCAAGCCACCAAGAUGUACGCUUUCACCCUAGACAGUGUAGAACCUCGACAGAAACCUGUGAAUAAAGAUCGGUGUCCUGGAGACAGCCGGGAGCAGCCAGAGGCAGGAGUCAUCCGUCACUGCCACAGCAGCUCCAAGGCCGCAGAGAACAGGUCGAGCAAGCAGGCGCAUGCCAAGUGGAGACUCUGUGCCGCUUCAGCAAUAUGCUUCGUCUUUAUGGUGGCAGAGGUGGUGGGUGGACACGUUGCUGGGAGUCUGGCUAUCCUCACGGAUGCUGCACAUCUCUUAAUUGACUUGACCAGUUUCCUGCUCAGUCUCUUUUCCUUAUGGUUGUCAUCAAGACCCCCUUCCAAGCGGCUGACAUUUGGCUGGUAUCGAGCAGAGAUCCUUGGUGCCCUGCUGUCUGUCCUGUGCAUCUGGGUGGUGACUGGUGUGCUGGUGUACCUCGCCUGUUGGCGCCUCGUGUACCCCGAUUACCAGAUCCAGGCAAACAUCAUGAUCAUUGUCUCGGCCUGCGCAGUGGCUGUCAACACUGUACUAACUGCAAUUUUGCACCAAUGGCCCCUUGGCCACAACCACAAGGACAUACAAGCAAAUGCCAGUGUCACAGCAGCCUUUGUGCAUGCCCUGGGGGAUGUAUUUCAGAGUAUCAGUGUGCUAAUUAGUGCUCUUAUUAUCUACUUUAAGCCUGACUACAAAAUUGCCGACCCAGUGUGUACAUUUAUCUUUUCCGUCCUGGUUUUGGCCAGCACCAUCACGAUCUUAAAAGACUUUACCAUCUUACUUAUGGAAGGUGUUCCAAAGGGUCUGAGUUACAACAGUGUGAAAGAGCUCAUCCUUGGUGUCGACGGUGUGAUCUCCGUGCACAAUCUACACAUCUGGUCGCUAACAGUGAACCAAGUGAUUCUCUCUGUUCAUGUUGUUACAGCUGCCAGCCAGGACAGCCAGUCUGUGCAGACAGACAUUGCUUGUGUCCUCAGCAGUAGCAUUGAUCUGCACUCCCUCACCAUUCAGAUAGAAUCUGCAGCAGACCAGGACCCCAGCUGCCUUCUCUGUGAAGACCCACAGGACUAG